AUGCCCCCAUUGGUCCAUAACUACUCAAGCCCCUACUCACGGCUUUACCCUGACUGCACUUUUAGUCCAUUUGUGGGCCGGGCUGGUUGGCAGGUCCCCCCUUUUUUCUAUUUUUUUUAUAUUUUAUUUUUCUUUAUUUAUCUCAAAAAUAUGAUUAUAAAUUUAUAUAAAUUCACAUAAAAUCAAAUAAUUAGUCAAAAAAUCACAUUAACCAACUAAAAAUCACUUUUCAUAAUUUAACAUAAAUAUAAAUCUAUUUAUCAUGAGUUAAGGCUAAAAUUAUAUUAUUUAUUAAUUAUUAACUCAUGAUAAUAAAGACUUACCAAUCAAUACAGAAUGAAUCUAAUGACUUACUCAAGAAAGAUGAGAUGCUCUAAGAGUGAAUCACGAUAUGUGACUCAAGGAAUAUAAUUAUAAAUUAGUAGUUACAUCUAUGCAAUAAUAUCUUAUAUAUAGAUACUAAUUAGUGAAUAAAAAAUAUAAUUAUACAUAUAUUAUUCACUCAUUUUGACAUUUAUAAUAUUUUAUUAUUUAAGUCCUAAUGUAUAUUAUUUUAUUUAUUUUAUUGAUAUUAUGAGACUAACCUCACUUGACUUUUAUGUAGUCAAGUAGUGAUUAUUUCAUAUUUUCUUAAUAAUUAUUUGAUUGCAAGAACUUAUAUGAGUUCUUAUUAUGAGUUGGAGUAAUAGAAAAAGCCCAAGUCUUAUAGAGAGGGCCGGCCUAAUAUAUUUAUGGGCCCAAAAGAGGACAUUAUCUUGGUUAGGCCCAUUUGGACCUUAAGUGGCACAUGAUCUUAGCUUAGUCUAUUUGAACUUAAAAAGACUAUCAAGAGAUGAGAUAUAGGCCGCCCAUCUUAGAGAUCUUAAGAAGAGACUAAGAAGAAGAUUAGAGCGCUGCCCUUAUGGAAGAAUUUGGACUGUCCACCAAGAGAGUUAGUUAUUAAUCAUAAUCUUCUAUUGGAGGGGCCUAACUCUCUAGAGGUUUAAGGCCUCACGGCCCCCUCUUGGAGGGCACUUUUUGGCUCUCUUUUUAGUAGUGGCUAGCGGAAGAAAAAAAGAGAGAAAUCAAGACCCAAUCAAUAACAUUCUUGUGCUCAAGAUCGUCGUGGAGAAGAGACUACCUAGAACGCAUCAAGAUUAUCAUGGAUCAAACACCACUUGGCCUAGGGUUGGCGUGUAACGAGGUCUAUGCAAGAUCUAAAUAUAGGACAUCUUUUCAAACUAGUUUUAUCAUUUAUUCUAUCAUUCAAUUGCGUUAGAUUUAUUCUAUCACUUUUGUCAUACUUUUUAUUUAUCUUGUCUUCACUUUUUUAGAUUUAAUUCCACCCUUCAUGAUGUCAAGUAUAUCUAUAUAUAUAUAUAAGAAAUAAAAUAAAUAAAAUUUUUACUCUCAUUACCCAUGCUCUCUAAGAAUUGACCCUUAUUUAUCUUAAACUUAAGAGUGAGGUUUUAUAAAUAUUAUUUGCAUGAACUUGAUUGCAUCAUGACGACAUAUUUAACUUCUAAAUUGAGUUCAUCAUAGAUAAGAAGUGGUUAGUCUCUUAGUAUCCUUUUUUAAUUUAGUCCAUCAUAAAAUUAGAAUAAGACUUAGUCUCUAUACAUAUUUAUAUUUAUGCUCAUAUUUAUGAGAGAUAUUGUAAUCUCAAAUACUUAAACAACAAUGAAGCAUUUUAAGUGAGAUUUACUCAAUGUUAGUCUCAUAAUAUAAAAUUUAUAUAUAUUAUUAUCUGCAUUGAGAUUAAUACUAACAAUCUCUCACUUAGAAAAAAAUAUAUAUGAUAACUUGGUAUUAUAUAUUAUGACCUUAUACCUUCAAACUUUUACUAUCAUUGUCAAAGACAUCUUCAACAUUCUCAUCCAUCAUUAUACCAAUAUAGAACUAAAAGAGAUUUCGUUCACAUUUUUUUACAUGAUUGAACUAAAUAAUAAUUAUGUAUAUUGAUAUAAUGAAUGACAUAAAUCAAGUAUUGAUGUGUAGCAUAGAAUUUACAUAAAAUAUGACUCAUACAUGUAUAUUUCUAAUUUUACCCUCCUUAUUCUGAAUGGAGAUCAAAUAACCACAUUAGUAAGUGGUUAUAACCAUAUAAGUAAUAUGCUUGUGAAAUACCUUUGGUGGUAAUACCUUAGUUAGUGGAUCUGUUAUCAUAGAGUUUGUCCUAGUAUACUCUAUAGACAUCUAACUACUCUAAACUCUUUCUUUAACAAUUAAGAACAUGAUGUCUAUAUGUUUAAACUUCAUCAACCUCUUAGUCAAAUUUCAUGAUUUGAUGUCUUAUAGCAUGCUAUAAACUUUGCUGCCAUAGUAGAAGAAGAUAUGAGUGUCAUAGUACUCUUUCAUGAUAUAACUCCUCCAACUAGCAAAUAGAUAUAACACGUAGUAGAUUGUCUGCUAUUAGUUCAUCUAAUGAAAUCAAAAUCUGA